AUGUCCCUAUUAGUUUACGACCGUCGCACUUCGCGGUCGUACACCAUAACUCUCUCAACCAACAAUAUAGUAAGAUUCGGCAGAGUGCAAGCCCCAGAGAUCUGUGCGAGCGAGUGCGUGGUAGACGAUCCUCAGGUGAGCUCGACCCAUUGCUUUAUAUGGAGCGUCUCCUUUGACGAAUCGACAGUUCCAUUGACAUACAUACAGGAUAUCUCACGUAAUGGGACACUGAUCAAUGGGAAAAAACUCCAAAGAGGAUUCACAAUACUGAGCGAUCAGGACCUGAUUGAGAUCGGUGACCAUCUUAGCUUACGCUUCACAGGCGAGAGUUUUGAGGACAAAAUGAUAUUAGAGGACCGCGACUGGAAAGUACUGUCUCAAGUGAUUGGGAAGGGUACUUUUGGAAAAGUAAGUGGAUACUGA